UUUUAAUCUGUGUCAUUUUUAUGUAUAAUUUUAUAAAAAAAUUUAGUGCAUAAGUUUUAAUUUCAAUGUAAAUAAAUUAGUUUUAGUUAUAAUUUUUAAGUUUCGUCUAACCCAAAUGCAAAUGUGCUGUUUUGACAAGUGAACUUAAAGGAUUUAAUUUUAUUUAUAAUCACCUUGACUAUGUGCUGUUUGAUUAGUGAGCUAUGGAAAAAUAUCCCUUGAAAGGAAACUCUGCAAUUCCUUUAACUGUUCCUGCCUCGUAUCAAGCGGUAAAUAAGAAGAUAGAAGUUAAAACUCAAAACGGACAUCAUAAAAGUGCAAUUGGUUCACAAAGCUCGGAUGAUGAUAUGAUUGAUAUUGCCGUUGGUUCAGGUGGACCGCGGGAACGUGUAACAACUCACACAACGACUGGUGGUACCGCUGGUACUGGUACUGCAUCUGUAAAUAUUUACGAAAAACAACAACAAAGUCCUCCACCUUACGUCACCAUAAAAUACUUGGGGCAAGCUGGCGACGGUGGAGUAUCAUUUGCCGGAAUGUCAGGUGUAGCCGAUAGUGAUGAUAUUCCUGGAAUUGGACAGUAUGAUGAUUUCCACACAAUUGAUUGGCAACGUGACAUUGCCAGAGAUCGUAUGCGCCAUCGUUAUAUUGUAAAAAAGCGACAAGAUUCAAUAUGGGAUUUAAUAAAAGGAGCUCACGACGCAUGGUCAGGAUGGGUUUGUGUACUUCUAGUCGGUCUAGUCACUGGAGCUGUUGCUGGUGUUAUAGAUAUUGGUGCAUCUUGGAUGACAGAUCUUAAAUAUGGCAUUUGCCCCCAAGCAUUUUGGUUAAAUAAAGAACAGUGUUGUUGGUCAUCAAAUGAAACGACAUUUGAAGCGGGCAAUUGUUCACAGUGGUGGACAUGGCCAGAAGUAUUUGGUCAAUCUCGGGAAGGUGUUGGACCAUACAUUAUUUCGUAUUUAUUUUAUUUAGUAUGGGCUUUAAUGUUUGCUGCACUUUCAGCAUCUUUAGUACGAAUGUUUGCUCCCUAUGCGUGUGGUUCAGGUAUCCCUGAGAUUAAAACUAUUUUAAGUGGUUUUAUUAUUCGAGGAUAUUUAGGAAAAUGGACGUUAAUUAUAAAAUGUGUUGGUUUAAUUUUAUCCGUAUCGGCUGGACUUAGUUUGGGUAAAGAAGGACCCAUGGUUCAUAUUGCAUGUUGUAUAGGUAAUAUUUUAUCGUAUUUAUUUCCAAAGUAUGGUCGUAAUGAGGCAAAAAAGAGAGAAAUAUUAUCGGCAGCGGCAGCUGCUGGCGUAUCAGUUGCAUUUGGUGCACCUAUCGGAGGUGUAUUAUUUAGUUUAGAAGAAGUUAGUUAUUAUUUUCCAUUAAAAACAUUGUGGCGAUCAUUUUUCUGCGCGUUAGUAGCAGCUUUCAUUUUACGUUCAAUAAAUCCAUUUGGCAAUGAGCAUUCUGUAUUGUUUUAUGUUGAAUACAAUAAACCAUGGUUAUUUUUUGAACUUGUACCGUUUGUUGGAUUGGGAAUCAUUGGGGGAUGUAUCGCUACAUUAUUUAUUAAAGCCAAUUUAUAUUGGUGUCGAUAUCGAAAAUACUCAAAACUAGGACAGUAUCCAGUCACAGAAGUACUUGUGGUUACAGUAAUUACAGCAAUUAUUGCAUAUCCAAAUCCGUAUACUCGUAUGAAUACAAGUGAAUUAAUAUAUUUAUUAUUCAGUCAAUGUGGAAUUUCCAUUUCGGAUAAUUUAUGUGAUUAUAAUCGUAAUUUUACGGAUGCAAAUAAAGCUAUAGAAAUAGCAGCAGCAGGUCCAGGUGUUUACCAAGCAGUAUGGCUAUUAAUUUUGGCGCUUAUACUUAAAUUAAUCAUGACCAUAUUUACAUUUGGUAUGAAAGUGCCAUGUGGACUUUUUAUACCUAGUUUAUGUUUAGGCGCAAUUGUUGGUCGUAUUGUUGGUAUUGGUAUGGAACAAUUGGCAUAUCAUUAUCCACAAAUUUGGUUGUUUAGUGGUGAAUGUUCGACGGGAGAAGAUUGUAUUACACCUGGAUUAUAUGCGAUGGUUGGAGCAGCGGCUGUUCUCGGGGGUGUUACAAGAAUGACGGUGUCAUUGGUUGUGAUCAUGUUUGAAUUAACAGGUGGUGUACGAUAUAUUGUGCCAUUAAUGGCUGCUGCUAUGGCUAGUAAGUGGGUCGGGGAUGCACUAGGUCGUCAAGGUAUCUAUGAUGCUCACAUCGGAUUAAAUGGAUAUCCUUUCCUAGAUAGUAAAGAUGAGUUUGCUCACACAUCACUUGCUGCAGAUGUUAUGCAACCAAAGCGAAACGAAACUUUAAGUGUAAUCACUCAAGAUUCAAUGACAGUUGAUGAUGUGGAAUCACUGUUGAAAGAAACAGAACAUAAUGGUUAUCCAGUUGUUGUUUCAAGAGAAUCCCAAUAUCUGGUUGGAUUUGUUUUACGUAGAGAUUUAAAUCUUGCUAUUGCAAAUGCCCGACGAAUGGUAGAUGGAAUUAGUGGCCAAUCAUUAGUUAUAUUUACAAGUAGUAAUCCAGUUGAAAAUCUUGGACCACCAUCAUUAAAUUUGAAGAAAAUUUUGGAUAUGGCUCCAAUUACUGUUACGGAUCAAACACCUAUGGAAACUGUUGUAGACAUGUUUAGAAAAUUAGGUUUAAGGCAAACACUUGUUACACAUAAUGGACGCCUUUUAGGUGUAAUCACGAAAAAAGAUGUAUUACGACACGUUAAACAAAUGGAUAAUGAAGAUCCAAGUUCGGUUCUCUUCAAUUAGUUAUAUUAUUUAAAUUAUAAAAACAUAGUUAUAU